GCAAGUUGCGACACCACUCCACCACCUGCAGUAUAUAUAGUACAGGGGUCGAUUUCAUUUCCCCCGUUACAUGCAAGGCGCGUUGCGGCGGAAAAAAGAUGUCAAUCUUAUAGUAUAAAACAGACAGUCGUCACCGCCGCAAAGUCACGUAAAUCCGAUAGUGUCUUUUCAGCAGAACGUGAGGAGCUUAUUCACCUCGUCAUGGGCCGAACACUCAUCGACAAGACGACUUUCGGCUAGAGCUAGUGCUGGAGAGGACAUCGUCGUCCUGCGCAGGAUCUCGCGGGGUCACCCUCGCGACUUGUGUGUGUUAUUUUUCCCUCCGGAAAGCUCGUCUUGAAAAAUGGACGAAGCUAAGUAUCUCAAAAAAAAAAUAAGAUCUGGAAACCUUGAUGUGCAUCCAACUGAAAAAGCUCUCGUUGUGAAUUAUGAUGUUGAAGCUCUCAUCUUGGGUGAGCUUGGAGACCCAAUGUUAGGAGAUCGUAAGGAGUGCCAGAAAAUUAUUAGACUUAAAAGCCUGAAUGCCGAUACAAAUGUAACACUGCUAGCUAAGGAAGUCAUAGAUAAAUGCUCACUAAUUUAUGAGUCAAAACUGCACGAAGUGGAACAAUUAAUUUACUACCUACAGAAUCGUAAAAAUACUAUUGAAGAUUUUGAAAAUGAUGGUCAUCCACCAAGGCCAGUUUCAUCAAUCAGUACAGAAAGUGGAGAUUCCGAACGAGCUGUCAUUAGUAGUAUUGACAGCUACAUGGAGUUGCUGUAUGAUGAAAUACCAGACAAAAUAAAAGGAUCUACUUUAAUUUUGCAAUUAGCAAGGGUACCAGAUAAUUUACAAGAGUUAACUAAGAAUGAAUCGCUUCUUAGUGUUUUAGCAAGAGUUUUAAGAGAAGACUGGAGGAAAAGCACUGAACUUUCAAUAAAUAUUAUUUAUAUAUUCUUUUGCUUCUCCACUUACAGCCAGUUUCAUAGUGUUGUUUUAGAAUGCAGGAUUGGUUCACUUUGUAUGGAGAUCAUAGACUACGAACUUAUGCGAUAUGACCAGUGGAAAGAUGACUUGGAAAAGCGCAGACGGUAUUUUGAAAACACUACUGGUCUGUGUUUGCUUCCUGUCAUGAAUGCAGAUGGCUCGGACAAGAAAAUGAAAAUAAUGGACGAUAUAUGGAGUGCUGAUGGUCCACUUGACCUACAAAUGAAAAAGCGAUCUAUUGAUGGCUCUUUAAAUGUACCGAAGGAAGAGAUUGAUAGAUUAAAGGAUGAUCUCGAGAAAAGUCGUAAGAAAUUCAAAAAUUUAACAAAGAAACAAGAACAAUUGUUGAAAGUUGCAUUUUAUUUACUACUUAACAUUGCGGAAAAUACGGAAGUGGAAAAGAAAAUUAGAAAGAAAAAUGUGAUAGGGAUGCUUAUGAAGACUUUAGAUAGGACAAACACUGAUCUCUUAAUUUUAGUUGUAACUUUUUUAAAGAAACUAUCUAUUUUUAGAGAGAACAAAGACGUGAUGGCAGAGGGAAACAUUAUCGAAAAAUUACCAAAACUUCUUCACAAUACUAAUCCAGACCUUGUCUCCAGUACUUUAAAACUAUUAUUUAACUUAUCUUUUGACACAAAACUGAGAGGAAAAAUGAUCAGAGUCGGCCUUUUACCAAAAUUAAUAAAAUUACUCACUCAAGAUGAUGUAAAUAGAUCAACUAUUUUAGGAUUAUUGUAUCAUGCCAGUAUGGAUGAUAAAGUUAAAGCAAUGUUUACAAAUACUGAAUGCAUUCCUUUGAUGAUGGAUAUGUUGUUAGCAUCUGAUGCUGAACAAAUUAUGUCUGAGUUAAUAGCGCUAUGUGUUAAUCUUGCCACUAAUAAUAAAAAUGCCGAAUUAAUGGUUCAAAAUAACCGAUUGCGAGGUCUAGUUGAGAAAGCGUUUAAGAAUCAAAAUGCAGUAUUAAUGAAAAUAGUUAGAAACAUUUCACAACAUGAAUCAACAAAAGAAAACUUUGUUGAGUUUGUAGGCGAUUUUGCAAUGGCUUUGACGCAAUCCGAUUGUGAAGAGUUUGUCUUGGAAAUUGUUGGAGUGAUGGGAAAUUUAUCAUUGCCUGAUUUAGACUAUUCACAAAUCCUUCAAAGAUGUAAUCUUAUUCCAUGGAUACGGAAUACUCUUGUUCCAGGUAAAGCUCAAGAUGACUUGGUGCUUGAAGCUGUGAUAUUAUUAGGCACAGCUGCAGCUGAUGAAGAUUGUGCUCAAGUGAUGUGUAAAGCAGACAUGCUUCUAUCGUUAAUAGAAUUGUUGAAAGCUAAGCAAGAAGAUGACGAAAUGGUUUUGCAAAUAAUUUACGUUUUUUAUCAAGUAUCUAAACAUGAUUCAACGAGGGAAUAUUUGAUUCGCGAGACUGGUAAUGAGGCUCCAGGUUAUUUAAUUGAUCUUAUGCACGAUAAAAAUCCAGCCAUUCGAAAAGUCUGUGAUGCCUGUUUAGACGUAAUUGCAAUGUGUGAUAAAGAUUGGGCAGUAAGAAUAAAGGUUGAAAAGUUCCGAUCUCAUAAUCAACAAUGGUUAGAUAUGGUUGAAUCAAUCAACAUCGAUACUAUGGCCACAAGUUUACCUCCUCCAGAAGAAGAAGAUGACGACAGUCUUGGGGUAUUCACAAGCGGAGAUUUAUUAAAACAUACCGUCUUAUUUCCAUCAGGUAGCAAUACUAGAUUGAACUUGGACGAAGGGGAGUCAAUGACUAAAGCUUUCACAGAUUCGAUAGAAACGAUAAGCCGACCCGUGAGUCGCUAUAGCAGAGAUCUAGACGAGAUUUGUGAACUAAUGGCAUCCUCAAAGUCGCGCCUUUCCAUGGGCUCUGGUAUAGAAGAUUUGUAUCAUAGUUCCAAGCUUAAAUUUGAUUUGUCUGUUUGAAAAAUAGCGGGACGGCUUCACAGGGCCUUGUUAACUCUAACUAUCUUUAAGAAAAUUGCGCUCCAUCAUAAAAGAAUAACAGCUAGUAUUCAGCGAUGAAGUAAGCCGAAAUUUUGCAUGCAUCUUGAAGAGAAAACAAAGAAAACGAAGCAUUCCAGCACUUUUUUAAGAUAGACUUUGUCAAACUUAGGAUCAAUUAAACUAAGUAGCGCAUUUUGUUAACUUUUUUUAUACCUUAAAUUGAUUUAAAGUAUGUUUUUUUAAUAAAAGUUAUGUUCUUCUGGAAUGCUAUACUCAUAAAAUUAUAUUAGAAAAUAAGAAAAAAGCGCUCGAAUUCCAAAGUAUUGAAAAAUCUUUAUUCUUAACACAGCCACAGAGAAAAUAGGUAAACGAUUUUUCACAUGAUUAUAAGAGAUUACAUACUACGUGUGUAUGUAACCAUUCUCGUAUUUUUGAUUCUAUAAUUAUAUGUACACGUAUAAAAUACAAUGUUCUAGAUAAAAAAUAAGAGAAAUCUGAAGAUUAUCAUUGCGUGAUUUUUGGCUUGUUGUUUGAGCUUAAACUCUUUCGUAAAAUAUAUCCGUGGUCACAAGGACGCAGUACGAUUGUAUAACUAUUGUCUCCAUCCGUGUAGAAAUUGUGUUCCUUCAGACCCCAGCUCACGGGACUGUCGGCAAAUCCCUGCACGUCCAAACUGCACCACGGCAACGUCUCAUUAUUCGCAGUUGCGUAUUCCCUCAGCAUGUUAAAAAUUUUCUCGAUUUUCUGACGCGUAAGGAAGCCCGUGAAUUGCAGAUACUGAACUUGCCCGACCUCCAUCUUCGGAUUUGAGUUCUUGUAGGAAGACACGUAUUCGGCCUCCCUGUCCUCGUUUACCCUGAAACCACAUUUUUACGUGUGAAUAUAUGUGAGACUAUAGUUUUUGUUUUUGUUUUGUUUGUAAAUUAGCUUGAGGAAGUCCGCAGAAAUACUUGUAAUUCAAAUAAAUCAACUUUCGACCAACUA